AACGUACCAAAAUAUAAUUAAAUUUGGGGAAUAUUAGAUAAAAUGGAAACAAAUGAAGACCUUACAGAUGCUAAACUAUUGCUUGUGACAGCUAACGUCGGAAGUUUGUUUGAAGAUCCAGAAAGACUUCUUACAAUAUGGCUCGAGGAGUUCAUAGCCAAAGUAACGGAAAUCAGUCCAAGAUUUUUGGCCUUACAUCUUCAAGAGGUGGGCGGAAAGACGUACGAGAAUUCAAUGGAUAACGUAAAAGAGUUUAUCCGAUGCUUAUGUGAGGCCAUGUCGAAGACUGAAUUUAUUUACGUUCGUAUUUAUAUGGACGAAGAUUUUAAGUCAGCGGAACAUUUUACUGCUCUUGGCAACAUUUACUUUGGCCACAAGGAUUUAUGUUCCUUGAGAAUUUGGAAUUUUCAAUCUCAUGAAUGGGAGGAUAAACUGGACGAAGGCAAACACAUAUAUUCUGGCAAUAUUGAAUCAGUUCCAACCAAGGAGAAAUCAAAAUUUCCUCAACAUUUUUUCCCGGAAUGUAAAUGGUCUCGGAAAGGGUUUAUGCGAUCACGAUGGGAAAUUAAUGGAACUGCCAUUGAUUUAGUGAAUAUACACCUUUUUCAUGAUGCAUCCAAUUUGGCAGCAUGUGAGGAUUUUCCUUCUGUAUACUGCAAAACAAGGAGAAGAGCUCUAGUACAUACGAUUGAAAGGUUCCAUCUGGAUGAAGAAAAUAGAUCCGUCCCAUUUUUUUUAUUUGGAGAUUUUAACUUCAGAUGUGACACUGCAGGUGUUGUAAAGGAAUUAACUACAAAUUUAACUGCUCAUCGCGUCCAAAGUAUUAAGAAUGAGAGCACUAAAAUGAAUUAUCGCAACUCGGAUGGCAACAAUAUACUUACUGUAGGCAAAAAAGAAUUUAGUCACGCCGAUCAUCAACUUAAAUUUAAAGAGCAUUGGUUAAAGGAAUUUGACAGAGAAUUGGAACCUCUUUCGGGAAUUUUGGUUGAAUAUCCCAUAACUUUUAUUCCAUCAUAUCCCUUUGAAGAAGAUCCAGAAAUGCCUACCGAUUAUAUGUCAACAAGAUGUCCGUCAUGGUGCGAUCGAAUUUUAAUGGAUCUGCAAGUCAAAGACAUAAUCGAAAGGGAUGAAUGGAAAUAUGAUAUGAUUGGAGAAUCUGUGUGCAUGGGUGAUCAUAAGCCCAUUUACUUAACUGUUCGUCUAAAGCCAAACAAAGGUACUUAUAGAUCAUGUGAUUGCAGCUGUAAAAAUAGACAUGCUAAAAAAAGCAACGAUUUAACAUCACCUGUUCCAUACAAAUCUUGUCCCUAUUUAAACAAAAUAUAUAAAACAAUACUUAAAGAAGGUAAAGGUGAAAAGCAAGAAGUAAUAUCGCAAGACUGUCCCUUAGAAUUUGUUAGAGGCAACUUAACUGAAUUUGGAAAAACCUCUGCAUUAGCCUUUGAAGAUGUCGACAAUGUAAAACAAUUUUCAUCAGAUUACCCAAGCAUUAGCAUCAAUAUAAUUGACUCAGAUAAUGUGUAUGUUUGCAUGUGUAGCCCGGUAUGUAACGUUGAGUCCAGUGAAAUUGACUGUGCAACAAAAAGUCCCAUUUGUCCAGUGUGCCGUAAUAUAAUGAAAAAGCAACCUGUAGAGCAUCCAUACAGGAUAUUACCAAAUAGUGUUAUACUAUCAGAAAAUAUAAUCGUAAACCGAAUCGAUACACAUCAUCUUAAUACUUAUAUUGAAAACUCACACGUGGACCCCUAUACGCCAGAAAGCAAUGAGUCUCAUUCACCAUAUCCUGAGCUUAGAAGCACAUCCACAACUACCUCAAGCAAUAGUCACAAAAUCGAGCUAUGUAUGGAUAAUAUUAAUGACGAUCAUAAGAAGCAACACUCUGAGCAAAAUGGAAGCGACGACUUGCGUUCUUCGCAGUCGGUCCAUGCAAUCGCAGAGAAACAAUCAAAAGCCACGGUUACGCCUCUACAGCUAAAGUCUCGAUUAGAAGACCUUCAAAGAAUAUCAAUGCAUACCACGAAAAGGGAUGUUAUUACUGAUAGAAAGGGCGAUAAUAAUAGUGUUGAUGUUAUGUGCUCCCCAAAAACGUUUUCAAACAGUCAAAAUCGCAAUCCUAGUAUUUUUUCUAUGUGUUGUAGUAUUCAAUAAUUUAAGUUUAUUAUGCCUAUUGUAAAUGAGUAUUUUAAA